UAGCAAUCAAAUGCAAUCUGUUUUCUUCCUGAGUUAUCACUCUUUUUCAUAUAAACCGCUUGUCUAAUCCUGUCGUGACAUACUACUAUUUAUAACACACCUAGCAUCGUCCAUUUUCUAGGCUCAACCCUUUGCGCCAUAUUAAGACCAUUUCAUUUCAUUCCAUUCCUCUAACCCUUGGACCUAUGGCGACGUCAACGGGAGCUGCAUCGUACACUAACACUAAAUCCCCCACUAUUCGGCGCAUACUCCGCGAGGCUGCAGAGCUCUCAAAUACGCCGUCUCCUGAUUAUACCGCGGAGCCAUUAGAGUCGGACCUCUUCGAAUGGCAUUUUACUCUUCGAGGGCCCCCAAACUCCGCAUACAGCCAAGGUGUCUACCAUGGUCGAAUAAUUUUGCCUCCCGCGUAUCCUCUCCGGCCUCCAAGUUUUCGAUUUUCUACCCCAAAUGGCCGAUUUGAGGCCAACCGUGAGAUCUGUCUCAGCAUAAGUGGCCAUCAUGAAGAAACGUGGCAGCCGGCCUGGGGCAUUCGAACCGCUCUUGUCGCGCUCCGCAGCUUCAUGGAGACAGAUGUGCUAGGACAACUAGGUGGCAUGGAAACUACCGAGGCGGUUCGCCGCCGGCUUGCCCAGGAGUCAGUCUCUUUCAAGUGCGCAGUAUGUGCCAAGUCCAAUGCGGAUAUCAUCGCUGAAUGCGAAGAUCGUUGUAAAGAAACCGCUGCUUUGUGUCAAGAGAUAGCAGUUCCUGCCGAGUUAAAUAUGAAUUGGAGAGAUGAGCUCGAGGCAACUAAAAAUGACCACUCAUCGUCAACUCGUCGAUCAGAAAACCCUUCUGAGCCUGUUCGGGAUGGUGAGCUGCCUGUAGCUGAGCCGUCCGAAGCUGAGCUGGCAGAAGGAUUUGUUCAGACAACACCCAACAUCACAGAUGAUCUCUCAACACACCCACCAACUCCGAUGCUGGCUAUCAGAAAUCGGCAAGCCCCUUUCCCUACUAGCCCCACGGGGACAGGGGCAGAAGGAGUGCCGCUAUGGAUAGAUAGGGUGAUCGUAGCUUUAGUUAUCUUGCUGGUUGCCAUUGUUUUGAAGGUUUUACUCGGUAUAUAACCAAUCUUUUGCUUGGGCUAGGGCGUUCAUUCUCUCCUUCAGCCAAUCGUACACAAGAACGGUCGGUAAUAUGCAGUAUGGAGAUCUGUGAUACGGCAGACAUGUGAAGUAUGAUCUCUACGUCACUUUACAGAACUUGUGGCAUCCAAUAUCAAUAGCUGUGUUCG